UCCGUCGAACAGCGAGUCACCCGUCUGUGGGAGCAGUUCAAGUACGACCUCAUCGACAAGGCACCCGGCCCGCGAGACAAGCGUCAGCCGUCCUAUAUGAUCGUCUCGCAAGAGGAGAGAGUCAACGCUCCCGACGCCCUUUUCCAAUCACCCGAGCUCCCCUUUUCCCAAGUACGCGUCAUCAAGGUGGAGCGGGAUCACUGGCGAACGAAGAUGUUCGACCGCUACUUCCCGCUGCCAAACGUACCCAUCAAUCACGCCUUGCAGAACUUCACGAACUGCACGUACUGGAAGCUGUGGGGCGGCCUUGUCGGGGGCAGAACAACCCCGGUCAAUGUGAACUUGAUCAGGGGGGCUGUGUUCCGCCUCUACGACGAGCUCCUCUGGCUGCCGUACACCGAGUCCGAUCGCAUUUGGACGACAAAAACGACGACCGCGAUGAGGGCCAACCGAAUCCCGUGCGACAGCGACGCUCCGGCUCCCUUAUUGGCCAUCAAUCCGCGG